AUGGCCGGUGGAACUAUUCAACAUGGAGCAAACAAGUUGGUUAUCAACGGAAGCGAAAGUUAUGAAACUGCUGACGUUCUGAUAGCCGAAGCCAACCCCGUCUACCAAGACACCCCAUACACGCUACAAUAUGGUAACUGCGGUGAAACAGCAAGCUAUAUCCAUCUAACACCGGACUAUCUAACCAACCAAUCAUUCGUGGAAGACUUCGGGCCUAGAGGGAAAGCCAUCGUACACGAAUGGGCUCAUCUACGUUGGGGUGUCUUCGAUGAAACAUACACCACCGGCUACAGUCCUUAUUAUUAUGAUAGCCAUGGUACAGUACAAGCUACCAGAUGCCCGUCAACACUGGAUGGGAAAAACAAAGUGGUUGAUUACUCAACCGGAAAUUCACGUGACUGCCAGAGGAACCUUGAAAACGGGUUGAUGGAAGACGGGUGUUUGUUUCUUCCAUACGCGGAACAAAGUGCGGACCUAACAACAUCACUUAUGUCACACCAAUACUUGUCACAGGUCACCAUGUUUUGCCACAACGACGAAACCGAUUCUUACAACCAUCACAACAGAGAAGCUCCUAACGAACAAAACCGACUUUGUGAUUUGAAAAGCGCAUGGGAGGUUAUCAUGGAAUCUAAGGAUUUCUUAAACAAUGCAAACCCCCGAAAUAUGGUCUGAACACGAACCCUAUAUUUCGGUUGGUUCA